CUCUAUGGCGGCCGCAUCCGGCCCACAAGGCCGCAUGUCCCGGCAUGCCCCGUGGCCGCCGCUAGUCCCGCCGCUCCCGCGGCCGCCUCACUUCCGGCCCGGGAGUUAAGAUGGCGACGCCCAUGCACCGGCUGAUUGCCCGCAGACAGGCGGAGGCAAACAAGCAGCAUGUGAGGUGUCAGAAGUGUUUAGAGUUUGGCCACUGGACAUAUGAAUGUACAGGGAAGAGAAAAUACCUGCACAGGCCUUCAAGGACAGCUCAGCUGGCCAAAAUCCUUAAGGAGAAAGAAAAGCAGCUCCUGCUGCAACAGAGCUCUGGAGAAAGUGCUGCAGAAAAGAAGACCAAGAAGAAAAGGUCCAAGAGUGUGACCAGUUCCAGCAGCAGCAGCAGCGACAGCUCAGCCAGCGACUCCUCCUCUGACAGCGAGGAUUCCUCUACCUCCUCCUCCUCCUCUGACAGUGACAGUGAGGACAGCAACUCCUCCUCCUCCUCCUCCUCCCCCUCCUCCAGCAGCUCUUCCUCCUCCUCCGACUUCGAGUCGGAUUCCAGCUCCUCCAGCAGCAGCAGCAGCAGCAGCAGCACAGACAGCAGCUCUGAGGAUGAGCCCCCGAAGAAGAAGAAGAAGAAAUAGCUGGGGAGGUGCAGGACUGGUGUGGAGUGAGUGACACAGCCCUCCCUGGGGCCUGGAGCACAUCUGCCAAACAUUCAGUGGUCAACAUUUCUACUGCUCCAGUUUCUAAGUGUUUUGCGUAGUUGUUCACAGGACAUGGAAGGUAUUAAAUGGCACGUGAGACUUACUGAGAGAGUAUUUUUGUGGUUUAUCCUUUUAUGGAAGAUUUUACUUUUUUAGUUCCAGAAAAAAAAAUAAAAUUAAAAGAGUUCUAUCAUCAGAUUUGUUUAUAUGAGCUAAAGUCCAGUAACCUGGAUGUUUACAUGCUGGAAAGCAAAAGCUUUUUAUUGCAGAUUAUGCUGUGCAUCGUGUGCUGUUCUUCUGUUAAUGACAGCUUCACUUCCAUUGAGAAAAAAACCCUCCAAACUGCUCAAAGCAGAAGUUUUUCAGUGCUGCUGUGGAGCUCUGGCAUUGUUGAAGCUGAAUGCACAACGUGUCCCACACAGAGCCUCCCAUCUCGCUGGUGACAAAUGGAUUCUGUGUGCUGAGCUUGUGUUCCAGUGGCUUUUCCUGAUGCUUCCAGGUCGAGUCUUAACUGCACCAUCCAGUUGAGCUGUGUUGAUUUGUUCCUGGUCAAUGUAGUGCUUGUCCUGCCCACAGGCUCUGGGCUUUUCACUCCCCUGUGUCCUUGGCUCGUGUGUUGGAGGUGUUUGCUGAGACACAGAGUGCUGGUGUUGGAAAGCAGCAGCUCAGUGAAUCGGGUGCUGCUUUAGGAGGUUCAUCUUUGUGCCUUUUUUUUGUAAAUUCAGUGUAAAAGCCCCAGUGAGACAAGUUCUGCAGAAGUCCACCAGAAUAUUCCCAUCCAUAACAUGGCCAGCAAAACCAGAGGAAUCAUGGCAAACAGAACUGGAUUUUCACUGGAUGCUCAGUAAGAAGGAAACUCCUUGGAAAUGAAGGUCUCAAAGGGAAGUGUUCCCCUUUGGAUGUGUUUCCCAGGGAAUGUGUGAGAUGCAGGAUUGCAGUGCUGCAGGAAUUCAGUCCUUCCUUGAUUGUGGGAAUGGCCCUGGAGCAGCAGGAGAGUGCAAAACCCCCCCAAACCCAACGAAAGCAGAUCCAAACACGCUGCAGAACGGGGAUUGCUGGAUGCAGAGUGGGAAUUAUCUGUUUCUGAUGGAUUGAAGCAGUUGUCAUUAGUAUUUUAUUUGGUGAUGGAGGGGGCAUCAUUUGUGGAAGAAUUCUGAAGUAUCUUGGUUUAGGUUAAAUACAGUAACUAAACUAUUUUUUAUAUUUUUAUGGAAAAAUAGUGUGUAGAGUUAAUUUGGAAUAAACUGUACUUAUUUAAAUGUUUGAAAACACCUGUGCUCUGUGUCUGUCUGUGACCACUCCUGUGUUUUACAGAACACACUGCAGACUGUAAAUAAAACUACCAGAAAGGUGUUUAAGUCUUGUGGAGUGAAUGUACCAUUUAAUGGGAAAAUGAAUAAAUUAUUAAACAGUAGAUGCUAAGUUGAUGCUUACUGCAAAUAUCUAAAAUAUUUGUGGUGUUUGUGUGCAGGUUUCAGCUGGAGUUGCCCUGGCAUUCCCUCACAGAGGGGCAGGAUUGCUCCCCAGGAAGUUCUCCAGCCAGAAGUCAGUCUGUAUCCAGACUUUUUUUAAAACAAAACCAGUUUAGUUUCAAAUACAA